AUGCAGUCCAGCCUGCACUCUAAGGAAAUAACGACGGCCCAAGUGGCCGCCGUGACCUUCGGCUUCUUCAAUGACGAAGAGGUGCGCAAGAUCAGCGUGAAGCAGGUGGAGGCGCCCAUGAUCUUCGACAACAUGCGCACGGCGGUCAAGGGCGGCCUGUACGACCCCGCGCUUGGGCCCAUGGACCCCAAGGAGCGGUGCGCCACCUGCGGGCUCAGCAGCUUUGAGUGCCCCGGCCACUUUGGGCACAUCCAGCUGGCGGUACCGCUGUACAACCCGCUCGUGUUCAUCCUGGUGGUGGGCACCUCGGCCGCCGCCAAGAAGGCCGGCGGCGAGAUCCUGGAUGAGGCGCUGCAGCAGUUUGAGGACCUGGAUACCGGUGCCGCCAAGCAGUUCAGCUACGAUGUGGCCAAGGGGGUCAAGGCCAGUGCCGCCCGAGCCGGCAGGGGCAUGGGCCCGCGCAGCCCCGUCUGCAUGACGGCACAGACCCUGGAGGCGAUGAUCGACACGAUCGGCGACUUCUUCAGGAAGCAGCCCACGGGGGGCAAGUGCCACAACUGCGGCGCCAACAAUCCCACCAUCCGCCGCGAGGGCCACUCCAAGCUCUUCAUGCUGCCGCUGUCGCCCAAGCGGCGCGCGCAGAACCAGGUGCAGGGCACGCCCAUCCUGUCGGUGCUGGCCCGCCUGGCGCAGGAGGCCAAGGAGGUGGAGAACCUGGAGGCGGAGCUGGCUCUGGGCGUGGCGCGGGCGGAUGCCAGCCGCAAGCGGCGGCGGCGGGCCGGCGGCGGCGUCAAGGGGGAGGGCGGCGGCGAGGAGGAGGAGGAGGAGGUGGAGGAGGAGGAGAAGGAGGAUGGGGAGAAGGACAGCCUGAUGGGAGACGACGACAAGGAUGGCGAGUCCAAGGAGGGUGCUGAGGGCAUGGAUGUGGAUGGCGGCGAGGACCGGCAGGGCCGCCAGCUGCCCGCCAGCAAGGCCCAGCGAACCGCGGUGCUGCAGCACGCCAUGGAGGCCGGCCUGAGCGGCGGCCACCCAACCUACCUGACGCCCAGCGAGGUGAAGGAGGUGCUGCGACGCAUGUGGGAGCUGAACGAGCCCAUCCUGGCGUACAUCUACCCCACCGAGUCCACGGCCCAGGAGCAGCUGGGCAAGUCUCUGCGGCUGUGGCUGGACCUGCAGAACUCCCUCAACGCACUCAUCGAUUCCAACGCAGCCGAGAACACGCAUGGCGUGGGCGGCAUUAAGCAGCUUCUGGAGAAGAAGGAGGGCCUGUUCCGCAAGAACAUGAUGGGCAAGCGAGUCAACUUCGCCGCGCGGUCGGGUGCGCUGUGCACGCUGGGCGCGCUGUGUGGCACCCACGCACUGGCUGCCCCCUCUGCCCACCACCUCUGCCCGCCCUAA